GAACCCAACCCACCAAAAUAAAUUUAUUGCAAGUUUGAGGCAAUUAAUAAAACUGGUGCAGAAAAGUAGAAACUUGCAGCACUGGAAUUUCUGCAAUGAGGAAAUUUCAGAGAUUCCUCUCGAUCCCGGUCCUAGGUGUGUUUCUGCUGAUGGGUUUUGUGUAUUACGUCACGGUUUUCGUAUUCAUUGAGGACUGGGUCGGGUUACGUAGCUCCGCUGGAGCUUUGAACGCUUUGAUCUUCAGUUUCUUAGCUUCUCUCUGUAUUUUCUCCUUCUCUGUCUGCGUUGUUACCGACCCAGGCUAUGUUCCUUCCUCUUAUGUUCCUGAUGUUGAAGAUUCUGGAAUUUCUGGUCAAGAACCAACCAAAAAUGGUGCAGCAAUGAGACACUGUGAUAAAUGCUCCGCAUACAAGCCUCCCAGGACUCAUCAUUGUCGUGUUUGCAGAAGAUGUAUUUUAAGGAUGGACCAUCAUUGUCUAUGGAUAGAUAAUUGCGUUGGUCAUUUGAACUAUAAAGCCUAUUUUGUAUUUAUACUUUACGUGACUUUGGGGAGCAUCUAUUCUACAGUGAUGAUAAUUAUUUUUGCAUUCCAGAAGAACUCGGAUUACUAUAGUGGAAGGAUUUAUAUGAAAGUUUUUCUUAUUGCUUGCGGAGCAAUGAUGGUUGCAUUGAGCAUAACAUUGGGAACUCUCUUGUGUUGGCAUAUCUACCUCAUGACUCAUAACAUGACCACAAUAGAGUACUAUGAAGGAGUACGAGCAGCAUGGUUGGCUAGGAAAUCUGGGCAAAGCUAUAGACAUCCAUUCGACCAUGGUGUCUAUAAGAACAUUUCUUUGGUAUUGGGUCCAAACAUGCUGAAAUGGUUGUGUCCCACCGAAAUCAAUCAUCUAAAAGAUGGAAUCAGCUUCCCAACUUUACGUGAUAGUUCAUAAACAUUAAAAAAAAAAAUUGAUGGCAUUCCAUUCAGCAUGAAUGGUUGAGAAAUUAGCAUAUUGCUCAUUUGUAAACCAAUUUUCAAAAUAGAAAGCAGCUCGAUAUACAACUGGUGGGUCUAUAGAAUUGCAACAUGGAAGUUUUCAACUGAAAUCAGGUCAAUCAUAGAGUUUAUAUUCACUUUUGUUGUAGAUUUUGUAAAGUCAAAUGAUCAUUGCUUUUAUUAUUAUUAUUAUUUUUCCCUUUUACAGCAUACCAGUUUAUGUGUAUGUUCUGCUAAAAAAAAGUGUAUGUUCUACUCAUAAAACAAAUGAGUGUGGAAAUUGUAAAUUGAAUUUUAUUUCCAACCAA